UUUUUUUAUUGGUUAAAUAAAAGAGACAUUUUAGGAAAAAAUAAUUGUUAUUUUAAUAUUGAUAACUUUUAUAUGCAGAAGGCAUUCUAUUAUCUUCAACUUAAUUUAGCUUGUGCUACUAUACCCUCGUUAGCCUUCAAGUAGAGGGUAUAAAAGGUGAACAAAAUCAAAACAAAUGGUGGCACCAGCUAACACACUCCAAAAUAACGCGAAUUCCGAUGAAGAUGAGGGCGUGCGGUCGGCACCCACCUCCAUGCUGGUGCUGGACGCCAAGCGGAAGAGCGCCUUCCUGCCGUACCGCCCCCAGUCCACCGUGUUGACCAACUUGCAGCGCGGCAACACGGAGGCCACCUUUUGCCCCGUUGAAGUUUCGCUUUCCUUUCACGAGCGCGCUGGCCAAGGCGAGAUUACGGAGGAGCAGGUAGCAGCUGAAAGAGCGCGUCAGCAGGACAUUGAUUACAAGGAUGAACAUGGCUUCACGGCCCUCCAUUGGGCAGCUUCCUACGGGCAACUGGUUUCCGUGCAGCUUCUAGUCGCGGCUGGUGCCAAUGUGAACGAAAUGGCCCCAGAUCUGAUUAGCCCUCUACUACUAGCUGCCGCCGGUGGGCAUAACGAAAUCGUCCGCUUCUUGCUGGAACACGGCGCGGACUCGGGCCACAUGGACAUCGUUGGGAGCACGGCGCUUAUGUACGCAGCAGCGGGCAAUCAUCCUCAUACUUGCAACGAGCUUCUGGCCAAGGAUCUGGAUCUUAGUACCACCAAUGAGGACGGAGACACCGCAUAUUCGCUGGCGGUGGAGCACGGGGCUCAUUUGGCGCAGGCGCUACUUGAGCAGUACAUGACGGCCAUAAUUACGGCGGGAUCCCUCGGUAGUAUUUAAUUGUGCGUAGAUAAAUAGGAUUUUCGUAAACAAUAAUUUUAACAUAUUUUAUGUGUCUAGAAUAAUAAAUA